UCUUUUUUUUUUUUGUAAAGUAAUUAACCAUCUGUGGUGUCACUGUCUUGGUGUCAGUAGCUGAAGUAAUUGUUACAGCAUCGGAACUUGUGUGUUGGCCUUGGAAAGUUAUUGGAGUUUAUACAGAGAUACAUUUUAGUACAUCGCACAGUUGUGUUAUGGAACUGGAUAAAAUGGACGAGAACGACUGGAAAUACCACGGCGAGGGCAACAAAAGCCUAGUGGUUUCUCAUGUUCAGCACGCCAGAGUCCUUAGGCUACUGAAGUAUUCUACAGAAGAUGCUGAAAACUCACCUAAGACAACAGAUCAAGCUUUCCGCCACAUACAGAACAUAGUUGACUAUAGUCAAAAUGUCAUGAAGCCACUGCUGGGGGAGAAAUUCGUCCACAAUGGAGAGGCUGUGAAGCUCCCAUUAGACUUUGUCCGCCAGCUGUCAUUGAAGGUCCAGCAGGAAAGGCCAGAGUCUCGCUGUGACAAAGUGAUGGAUACGCUGAGUGGAUGUGCCUUGUGUCUGCCUAACCUCACCCAGCUCUCCUCCUGCUGCUGCUGCAGAGAACACAGACCUCCUCUCUGUAUAGAGAUUAAGCCCAAAUGUGGAUUUCUACCAGCCUCGAGACACAUUACGAAAGACAUCAAGAGGAAGGUGUGCCGGUUUUGUAUGCAUCAACAUUUCAAGUUAGCCAAUGGGAAGUGGAAACGGCUGAGCCAGUACUGUCCCUUGGACCUGUUCUCAGGGAACAAACAGAGAAUGUCCCUCGCCAUCAAGCACUUGAUAGAGGAACCACAGAAUAACUUCAACAUUUUCAAGGGUGGAGAGUGUAUCUACAGCUGUAAUGAUGAUGCUGACGUGUUGCAGGACCUGGAUGAAUUGGCUCAGCAUCUACGGCCAUACUUCCUCCCUAGUGGCAGCCUUCUCAACAGGCAGCAGUCUAGUAAAGUGGUUCUGAAUGAGUUGAUUCAGGUGAUCGUGAGCGCCCUGUUGAGCUCCUGGGACUGUCCUCGCUCCGGGCAGCUCAGAAAGACACACCUGUCUGAGGGCAGAGUGACGUGUGAGGCCAGCCUGCUGCACCGGGACCUGCUACGCAACGGUAACCACUGCCUACCCAAAGAUUGUGUCUUGGACAAAAUCUUGGGGACUCAGAUGUUGGAUAAUUUAGAUAUUGAGGGUUUGAGCCCCCUUCUUAAACGAGUGGAACAGCAUCUACAAAUGUUCCCCAAAGAGAGAUGCAGGCUUCAGAUGGACGGGCCGUACAAUGCCAGCUUCCUGGAGAAGGUCCAGAACUGUCCCGCUGAAGACGAUGGCUCCCUAGAAUUCGCUGUAGGGAAGGUCCACCAGUACAGAGUUGCCAUGACAGCCAAGGACUGCUCCAUCAUGGUCGCCAUAGCAACCUGUGGGGAAGACGACGGGUUGGACCAGAGCCUGGAGAUCCAGACUACGAAGCCUCGCUUCACAUGCUCCGUGUCCAUCCUAGACCUGGACCCUAAACCCUAUGAGAGCAUCUCUCACCAGAGCAGACUAGACUCCAAGAUAGUCAACCACUACCUGAGGAGGACACAGCCCAACAACCAGGAACUAGACAACCUGGAGGAACUGGCCAAUCAGAGCCUGUUCCUGGACAGAGACGGAGAGGAUUGUACUCUGGUGUUCCAUCCUGUAUAGCAACUCCCUCCGCUGCCUGGCCUUGUGCUGUCUGGCUGUUCCCCUGUACCCAGACCCUAACCCCCACCUCGUACCCCCAGACCAACCGCUGCUGUGGAACUGAAAUAAUGAUUUGAAUGAACUGAGAAACUUAUCCUUAUUUUAGAUUUUGUGUUUUCUCUUUAAAAACGAAACAUAGUAUGGCACAUGUUUUUGGUUUUCUAGACCUGGUAAAAAAUGCCGCUACCGCUAGCUGCAACAGAAUACCAUCCCGGAUACCAUGUUUGUCUCUGCUGCCAGUAUGAAGGAGGUCAGAGGUCGUUUCACAAGUCAGUGCUAACUAGCGUUACAGGAACAGUUAGUAUGCUAGCUGUUCCUGUGAAUCUGACGACUAAAGUCAAUAGACUGUUAGUUUACACGUCCUCUUGCAAUUAAAUGUAGAUAGUUUGAUUAUUUUGAAUGGUCUACCAAAUCUAUUCAUUUUAAAAUGUUGAUUUUUACUUCUGCUUGCUAUUUAUUAUUUACGUGAUGAUACAAGACGUGACUUUUCAAUGUUUUUGCUAACAUAUGAUGGGGGUCCUUUAUGUCGCCGGUUUGCCUGGGAGGGGGUCCCUGGGUCAUGGGUUUGCCUGGGCGGGGGUCCCUGGGUCAUGGGUUUGCCUGGGCGGGGGUCCCUGGGUCAUGGGUUUGCCUCGGUCAGGGGUUUGCCUGGGUCAGGGGUUUGCCUGGGUCAGGGGUUUGCCUGGGUCAGGGGUUUGCCUGGGUCAGGGGGGUCCCUGGGUCAGGGGGGUCCCUGGGUCAGGGGGGUCCCUGGGUCAGGGGGGUCCCUGGGUCAGGGGGGUCCCUGGGUCAUGGGUUUGCCUGGGUCUUGUGUUUGCCUGGGUCUUGUGUUUGCCUGGGUCUUGUGUUUGCCUGGGUCUUGUGUUUGCCUGGGUCUUGUGUUUGCCUGGGUCUUGUGUUUGCCUGGGUCUUGUGUUUGCCUGGGUCUUGUGUUUGCCUGGGUCUUGUGUUUGCCUGGGUCAUGUGUUUGCCUGGUCGGGGGUCCCUGGGUCUUGGGUUUGCCUGGGCGGGGGUCCCUGGGUCAUGGGUUUGCCUGGGUCAUGGGUUUGCCUGGGUCAUGGGGGCCUCUGGGUCAUGGGUUUGCGGGGGCCUCUGGGUCAUGGGUUUGCCUGGGUCAUGGGUUUGCCUGGGUCAUGGGUUUCCCUGGGUCAUGGGGGCCUCUGGGUCAUGGGAUCUGAUUAGUAACUUUGUCAGAAUACACUCCUGUGUGGCUCAGUCGGUAGAGCAUGGCGCUUGCAACGCCAAGCGUCG